AGCUCACGUAAAUAUAGGGUUUGAGUAAAUAAAAAAUGUUGAUUCAUAUUUAGACAUGUGUAUGGUUGUAUUUCUAUUUAUCCCGGAUGAACAAUUCAUUCAAAACCAACAUAUGAAUGUCAUAACUCUUAUUAAUACACAACAUGUAAAAAUUAUCUGAGUAAAUCUCAGACAUUCGACUAACAAGCAUGAUUAAAUUGUCUGGAUGUGUCGUCAUAAUAAACAAGUGUUUCUCGUAACCUCUAUACGUAAAGGAUGAAAUAAGUCCAUGAGUGUUUGAUAAAUGCAAAAGAAAGAGGCCGAUGGCUUCACGGUCAUCCUAUACAAGAGAAGAUGGUUUUCGCUACUGAUAUUUUGUCUGUGUUCAUUUGGGAAUGCUUAUCAGUGGAUUCAUUUGAAUAUAAUUUCUGAUAUUGUUCUGUUUUUUUGGGAUGCUUCUAUUCCAGGGUCAUCUGUAGAUACCAAGACUAUAUCUGUAGAUUGGUUGUCAAUGAUUUAUAUGCUCGCCUAUAUUCCAUUGAUAUUUCCUUCUAAUUGGAUACUGAAUAGAUGGGGCCUGCGUGUAACUCUGCUAGUUGCUUCAGCGUUGAAUGCAGUCGGUGGUUGUAUUAAAUGUAUAGCGGGUGCAGUUACGUAUGAAACAACGUUUGGACAAUCUAAUAAAUCUAUUCCAUUCAGUAAUAAACUUGGUUUUCCAAUACUUAUGGCUGGACAAACUAUUUGUGGAAUAGCUCAAUCCGGUAUAUUGGGUAUACCAGCCCACUUAGCAGCAGUUUGGUUUGGAGUGAAUGAAGUUUCAACGGCUACUGCACUUGGUGUAUUCGGGAAUCAACUUGGUGUUGCAUUUGGUUUUCUAGUACCACCACUUAUUUUACCAUCGAUACCGUAUAGUUCAAAUGGAACUAAUCAAAUUGAUCCAACAACAGAUAUGAAUGAAUUAUUCAAUAAAAUUAAACAUUAUAUGAUGAUUAUGCUGUAUUUUAGUGCUGCUUUAAAUAUUCUUCCAUUUGUAUUUGUAUUGUUUGGUUUUCGUGCAAAACCUAAAACUGAACCAAGUUUAGCACAAUAUAAACGUAGUGGUUCAUCGGUUAUUCACAAAUUACAUGUAAAUGAUCAAUUAUCCAUUGAUAACAAACCGUCAAAUGGAAUUCAUUCAAUAGUCAAUAAUAAUGGUCUACACGAAAAGAAAAACAAUAUUGAUAAAGAAUUCUAUACAAAAUCAUUAGACGCUGAUCAACAAUAUCCAGCGCUUAGUCCAAAUGAACAUUCAAUAUCAUCAACAAAACAGGAUACCCUAAAUACAAAUGAUUCAAUAAUGAAUAAUUUUAUUAUUAAUAUUGAUGAUAAAAAUGAUAUCAGUAGUAUAGAUAAUUAUUCAUAUCAAUCAUUACAAAAUAAUCCUAGAAAUGAAACUAUUUCAAUGGCAUUAAAACGUUUGUUUAAAAAUACUCCAUUCAUUUUAUUGUUUAUUAGUUAUGGUAUACUUACUGGUGUCUACUAUGCUGUUGGUACAUUAUUAAAUAGUAUUUUACUAGGAUAUUUCACAGUGAGUCAGUAUUUUUUUAUUCAAAUUGGUUUUCCAUGGUGGUCUAGGUUCAAUUGACUUAUGAUCUCAACUAUUGAAAUUACUACAAUCUCCAUAAAAUCCCUUCUGAUAUUAAUCAACAUAUGCUCACUAGUGACUGGCUUCAAGACGUAUAUCCUGGAGAUCUAGUGAGAAGCCGUGACCAGUGGAGUUCAACCACAUCUGUUGUGAAAUAGUAACUCACUGAAGACAAUGGUGGAUGUGUCGCUCAACUUCAUGGAUUAGUCGAAGUUAGACAUAAACACCUUAUGGAGGCCUACCGACUCAGUCGUCUAGUGAUAGGUCCUACCGAUAGGUCCUGGAUUCGAAUCCUACGAGGCAGGGUCGUGGAUUCGCGCUACUGAGGAGUUCAUAAGAGGACAGAACGACCGUUCAGUGCUUCAAGGUUUUCCAUGGUGGUCUAGCUUCAAUUGACUCAUGAUCUAAACUAUUGAAAUUACUAUAAUAUUCACAAAACCCCUUCUGAUAUUAUUAAAAAUUGAUUCACUAUUCUUUUUCAAAUACAUCAAAUGUUGGCCAAGAGGUUAAAGGCUUAUCAUAUGAACUAAAGGUCAUAGGUUCGAUAUCUGAUAGAAUUGUAAAUAUGUGUUUAUAGGAAGUCUCACAUUUGAAUGAAACAACUAUCCAAUUACUUUCUGAUUUUUAUAUGUUAUUUAACUAAGAUUAGUAUGUGAUAUGAACUGUGUAAUAUUAUACUGUAUUAACUUAUUCUCUUGCAUUAUUACAAAAUCUAAACUAUUCUCUAGACCUAUUAGUCACGGGGAUCACGAAUGCAUACUGCUGAGUAGGAGUCCUAUACUAGGAUGAAACAUCCAUCCAGGUUUUCCGUGGUGGUGUCUAGCUUCAAUUGACUCAUGAAUUCAAUUAUUAAUCUAUUACAAUCUCCACAAAACUCCUCUCUGUGAAUAUUCUCUAAACUUUGAAUAGUUUUCAUCACAUGGUAUACAAAUGUUUAUUAUUGUAUGUAAUAAACAUCGAGUACAUUGUAAUGAACAAUGAUACCAUUAUUGUACAUAUAAAAAUACCAAAUAACCAUGUGAUCUUUUAUGAGUACUGAAAUCAAUCUAAUUAAAUGUAAAACUUUCUUGUUUAUCUAAAUAAUUGUCAACUUUUAUUUAGAAUUAAGAUAAUCAUUUGAAUAGAUCAUUGUUAACAUGAAAGCCAGUAAUGAUGAUCGAAUGAUAUGAGAUUAAAUAAUACAAAGUAUCAAUUAUUCAGAAUUGUUCAAUAUAUCAACAAGUGUCAACUAAUUCGAAGUCUAAAUAUUUAGUUUCUUAUCACCUCAAAUUCAUCUAAUAUCCAUUUAAUAUACCUAUAAUAGUAGGUCACUUAACUAGAUUUCACAGAUUGAAAUCAUGAGUCAUUUGAAGCUAGACCACCAUUGAAAACCUGGAAGCACUGGACGGCCGUUUCGUCCUAGUAUGGGACUCCUCAGCAGUGCGCAUCCACGAUCCCGUACCAUGCGGGGCUCGAACCCAAGACCUACUGGCUUCGCGCGCGAGCACUUAACUAAUUGCCUACUUUGUAACGUAAGAUCAAUAGAUUAUUUCCAACAGGUUAAUUAGUAUAGUUGAUAUUGAAUACAUGGAAUGGCCGUUACAUGAAUGUUAGUAGUUUUCGUACAAUCAGUUACAAGAAGUCAUUAGUUAAAAUAAUAUUUUAUGGGGUAGAAAGGAUAUAUACUACGGACAAACUGGAAUCAGAAUUGAUGAACUUUGAAAAAUGCCUAAGAGACAAAUGUUACCCACAAAAAUUUAUUGAC